GUAACAAAAUACAGUUACUCAUAUUUUGUAUUUUUAAUUACGUUAUGCUGGUACAUGAAUUCUGUUUCUGCCCAACACCGACGAGCACAAACAUCGAGAUGGUGACGGACUCAGCUGAUCGGCCACAUCAUGAUCGGGGUGGAUCUGAAGGGGUGGCAUGGGGCACCACCCCUGUAGAUCCGCCCCUGAUCAUAAUUAUAUUUACACCAAAUUUCAUUCAGAUAUUUCAUUGUGUUUGAGACAGAAAACUGAUGAAUUAAGAAACUCAAAUAAGAGGAAGGAGCCGGUUAGCAGGCAGCAGGGAUGCUCUUGUAACUCUGAUGUGCGUAUGUGUGACAGAGUCUGGUGACAGAGUGCAGGUGCGACUCAGAGACAGCGUGAAAGCAGCCAUCUGCAUCGAGUCGCUCUGCCAGAGCAACCUCUCUGUGGAGUCGGUGAUGGGCGUGGCAGCUGCCGGAGGAACGUUUAGCAUGUUGCUAACAGGAACGCUGUACCUGCAGGCGGGAGAGUACGUGUCAGUGUUUGUGGAUAACGCCACGGGCUCGGCCAUCAGCAUCCUCCAGGACUCUCUGUUCUCUGGAAUCCUGCUGGGAAUCUGAGUCACAUGACCGCUGCCAUCAGCAGACGGACACUUUGCUCCUCUGUGAGGUUCACCUCAUCAUCAUCAUCGCCGUCUUCAUCCUUUUACCUGAGUGGGAGCGCUGCUGUUUUGUGGACCUCCACCUACUCCAGCUUCAUCAGCAUCCACCGAUGGAGCGACCACAGUCGGACUCAAACACACCUGGAAACCUUCAAACAAACAAAGCUUUGAGUCAUUUCAGUGAGAACUUCGCUGAAGUCAGACAUUUUCUUCACUGAAAUUUUUUUGGUUUUUGCCUCGGGUCACACUUAUAGUUCAGUCAUGUGACGACCAUCAACAAUCGAGCCCUCUCUGUCCUCUGUGGCGUCUCCAUCCCAGUGACAGCUACACCUGCUCUGCACCUUCACUGUUGGCUAAAAGACAAAAAUGACAAAAACAAGCUUAACCUGUGCACCUGCAAGCUGCUUUGCAACCCACCUCCACCAUAGCUCCUCCUUUUUUUGUAGGGAGCUUCAAUUGCUGUCAGAGGUCCCAGAACUCAGCCAGACGUGCGAACAGAAAUGAAAGCAGAUGGAAAUAAUCUUCUUACUACAGUGAUGAGAAUAUUAACCCACUACUAGUGCCCGCUUUAAGGUAAACAUGUGCACCAAGGAGCACAUGGCAGACACAGUGUGAUGAUUUAGACACGAGUCUAACGGCUCCGUCAAAGAGAGAACGACUGCAGCGCUGCCGGUUUCACAGGCGGCGCCUUGUUAACUGAGCGGGUCGAAGGUCCCAUCUGCUCAUGUAUAACUCGUAUGCAUGUGCUGCUGCAGGUCUGUGUCUGCAGGACUGCGUUAAAAGAAAGCAGCAUUGUGUGUGGAAAAGAGCACAUUUCUAAAAUGAAAGCGUCACAGUAAGCGGAGUGUUUCCACAGUGUUUCCACCCUCGCUGACACUGAGGAGCCUGUGCUCAGCUGGCUCGGCCUCAGUUUUCCAUCCACGCUGCAGCGCUGGCGCUCGCUUCAGGUCAUCGCCUGCUGGUCAUCAAAGGAACUGCAGCUGUGGCGGCCACUCGCCAGCCGAUACUUGGAUCUGAUGAUUAUUUCAUAUGAAGUCAUCUGAUGACAAACAGUGUUUAUCUGUACAGACUCCAUUAUUGGUUUUCAUAUCACUUUCAUUUGAUAUUUAUUCUCUCAGUGAAACGUGGUAAUAAAAGCAUUUCUUAUUGAUCUUUAAA